AUGCUAAAGCCCCCUUCCAAGUGCCUAAUGAGUCCAAUCACACCCCAAGAGGUUUAUACACUCAUGUCCGUGGCCCAUUUUUAUGACGGCAAGUUCGUGUCACUCCGUGGCCCAUUUUGCACUAUGAUGGCAAGUUCGUGUCACCCAGUCCGUGGCCUAUUUUGCCCUAUGAAGGCAAGUUCGUGUCACCUGGUCCAUGGUCCAUUUUGCCCUAUGACAGCAAGUUCGAGUUACCUGGUCCAUGGUCCAUUUUGCCUUAUGACGGCAAGUUCACAUCACCCGAUUUGUGGUCCAUUUUGGCCCAUGACGGCAAGUUUGCAUCACCCGAUCCAUGGUCCAUUUUGCCCUAUGAUGGCAAUUGCAUCACCCGAUCCAUGGUCCAUUUUUGCCUAUGAUGGCAAGUUUGUGUCACCUAUUCCAUGGUCCAAUUUGCCAUAUGACGGCAAGUUUGCGUCACCCGGUCCAUGGCCCAAUUUACCCUAUGAUGGCAGUGUUGUGUUUGGCCUGUCCGUUUGUGGUAAAACCUUUGGUGGGCGCAACCGGAAGAACCUGGGAUUCCAUUUGAUGAUCCACACGGGAGAAAAGCGCCAAGUGCCCUUACUGUCCCACAAAUCAACUCUUAAAUUCAAUUUGAUCAAACACAUUCGUAACAUUCACGGUGACAUGAUGAAUCCGAUGACACUAGAACAUCAGUUUCAGGGCGUUGCCCCUCGGGCCCUGAUGUGUCCCUUCUGCAACAAGGUGUUUGCCGGGCGCAACCAACACCAGCGGCUGCGGUAUCACACGCUCACCCACACCGGCGAGAAGCCCCAUGCCUGCCCCUACUGCCCUCACCGAGCCAGACUCAAGUUCAACCUGCAUAAGCACAUCCGUGCUCUCCACAAGGACCAGCUGGCUGCCAACUGUCCCCCAGCUGAGUUCUGA